ACAUUGAUACCACUCUUCACUUCCCUCCUUACUUAGUUAGUUGCUUCCAUUAUUUUCAACAACUUCUCCAAAAUGAGGAAGCAACUAGCACCACUUGUCCUUUUCUCUCUCACACUAAUAAUAUCACUUAUCCAUUCAACCACCGCCGCUGCCGCCACCUCCGGCAGCCACAACAUCACCCGCAUUCUCGCCAAACACCCUGGUUUCUCCACCUUCAACCACUACCUCACCAUCACUCACCUCGCCGACGAAAUCAACCGCCGUCAAACCAUCACAAUCCUCGCCAUCGACAAUGCCGCCAUGUCGUCCCUCCUCGACAAACACCUCUCCAUCACCACUCUCAAAAACGUCCUCUCCCUCCACGUCCUAGUCGACUACUUCGGCGCCAAAAAACUCCACCAAAUCACCAACGGAACAACUCUCGUUUCAUCCAUGUUUCAAGCCACCGGAGCCGCCGCCGGAACAGCCGGUUACGUCAAUGUAACCAAUCUCAAAGGCGGUAAAGUCGGUUUCGCCGCCGAAGACAACGACGGCCUACAUUCAUUCUACGUGAAAUCAGUUGAAGAACUUCCUUACGUCAUCUCCGUACUUCAAAUCAGUCAACCUCUAAGCUCCGCCGACGCCGAAGCACCGACGGCAUCUCCGAGCGAUAUCGAUCUAAUCUCAAUCAUGUCAAAACAAGGCUGCAAAGCCUUCGCCGAUUUGCUCCGCGUCUCAAAAGCUCUUCCAACUUUCAAAGACACCGUAGACGGCGGUUUAACCGUUUUCUGUCCAACCGACUCCGCCGUCAACGGUUUCGCCGCAAAAUACAAAAACCUAACCGACGCAAAGAAAGUCUCACUUCUCUUAUACCACGGAGUUCCCGUUUACCAAUCGUUACAGAUGCUAAAAUCUAGCAACGGUAUAAUGAACACGUUAGCAACAGAAGGUGCUAACAAAUACGAUUUCACCGUCCAAAACGACGGUGAAGACGUUAACAUUGAAACCAAGGUUAACACCGCGAACAUUAUCGGAACACUGAUCGAUCAAGAUCCGUUCGUGGUGUACAAGAUCAACAAGGUUUUGAUGCCGAGAGAGUUGUUUAAGGGAGUUAAGGAAGAUUUAGCACCGGCUGAGUCACCGAAGGCGGCGAAGAAGAAGAAGAGCACGAAGAAAGGUAAGGCGCCGGCGGAUGACGAGGCGGACUCACCGGCAGAUGGACCGGAUGCGGAUUCAGAUUCCGAUGAUCAGAAAGCGGCUGAUGAUAAUAGCGGAGUGAGUGGAUUAAAUCAAGGGUUGAGAUUCGUUAUGGUAAUUUUCAGUUUGAUUAUUGGAGCUUUGGUUUAAUAAUUGGUUAUAAAUUAAUUGACCAAAAAAGAAAGUGAAGUGUCGGUGGAUGCAAAACUACUACACAUGAAAGCUAUGGUCAAAUUGUGAUAGAUAUUCAUUUUUUUUAUUUUUGUUUUUAUUUUUUUUAUUUUGUUUGUGAAGGAAAUAAAAUAGCACGGUGGCACUAACGUGUUGGGUGCACUGUUGUUGUUUUUUUUAUUUAAAAAAAAAUACAAUUUUCGGUUCUGUUUUGUAUUUAUUUAUUAUAAUGGUUUGUUUUAUGAUUUAUUUGAUUGGGAUUGUUGUCGGUGUGAAAGUGUGUGGGUAAUGUGGGUGGGUCCAGUUUGUGCUAGAUUCCAGCUAAGAUGUAUGCAUGUAAUUUAUAAACAAUUUUCUUUUUCUCAAGCUGGAAAUUGUUCAUAAUAAUCAAUUUGUUUUUUCUUUA